UAAACUUUGGCAAAAACCUUUUCCUAAAACCUCGACUCAUUCUCUUUCCCUCUUCCUCCUAGUCUCCAAAAAUGAGGUUCAAGAAGCAGAAGCGUCACAGAAAAACCGUCAGAAUCUACACUGCUUGUUUUGGAUUUCGAGAACCUUUCAAAGUACUCUGCGAUGGCACUUUUGUUCAUCACCUUGUUGUUAAUAAUCUCUCUCCUGAAAGUUCCGUCGAAAAUACUCUCGGCGCUUCGGUUCAGCUCUUCACUACCCAAUGUGUUAUUGAAGAGUUAAAGUCUCUUGGAAGUUCACAUGUUGAAUCGUUUCUUGCUGCUCGGAAAGAUUACAAGCUUGCUAGAUGUGAGCAUGAAGAGAAGGAAAGUGCUUUGAAUUGCAUAAUGAAGAUUAUUGGAGAAAAAAAUCCCGAACACUUCUUUGUUGCUACUCAAGACAUUGACUUACGAAAGAACUGUCGGAAGAUACCUGGGGUCCCAGUGAUGUUUGGUCUGCGAAAUGCUCUGUUUCUUGAGCAACUUUCAGCAUUCCAGCGUGAAUUUGUGAAGGCUUCUGAAGAAGAAAGGUUGCAUAUGACUGAUUCAGAGUACAAUUUAUUACAAAAAAGAGUAAAGAGCAUACUGAAUACCAAGGUAUUAAAGGACUCUUCUACUGCAGAGGACGGAACUGGUGAUGAGGAUUUACAGGGUCAGAUUCCAGCCAGUCUAGUGCCUAGGAAGACGGAAGCAAAGGACAAGGCUCAAUUUAAAAGAAAAAGAGCAAAGGGUCCGAACCCACUGUCAUGUAAGAAGAAGAAAACUAUUAGCAGUUCAGGUCCCAAUACAGGGAAGGUAGACAAGACUAGCAGUGACGCAAAGAGAAGCAGACCUCGUACAAGGAAAAGAUCUCGGAAGGCCAACACAUCCUCAGAUGGCGCAUGAAUUUUGUUUGUCUUAGAGCUUCGUAUAGGUCAUUGUAGGCUUCAGGUUUUUUGGUAUGAGUUAAAAGUUUAUCGAAUAGGGUUUGGAAGACUGGAAUCAAUGUUCACAUAUCAGUUUAGUACGAUUGCCAUGUCUAGUCUAUAAUCGUGUACUUGUGGAUUGUGAUAACAAAUUCUCAGAGAUAAAGCGCAUAAUUUUUAACAGUCUGCAAUCAAGGGUCUUGUUUGGCUUUAUGUAUUCAACAAAGACUGGAAUCAAGGGUCUUGUUUUGUUUGGCUUUUUGUAUUCAACAAAAACAUUGAUUUUUCUUAUAAA